GACGAUGAUGAGCCUGAUGAUUGGGAUAAGCGCAUCUUCAGCACGGGCUGUGCUGCUGAGCAGGACCGCAUGAACGACUGUUACUAUGUUAAGAAGGACUGGCGGAGUUGCAAGAACGAGAUGGAGGCAUUCCGCCAGUGCUGGAAGCGACAGGGCAAUGACAAACGGACAGACACGAAGGACGCAUGA